AUGAUGGUUCUCGUAUUAAUUGUCGCAGGUCUUGGGGUGGUUGCGCUGCUCAUGGUUUUAUUCGCACCCCACAUUAGGUAAGAAUAAGCGCUGUAUGUUCGAGGCUAUAGUCGAUGCAUCGUCUGACUCCAUGCUUGGCAUCUCAUAUAGACUAAUUAGUCUAACCUCAGUAGAGAUGAAUUACUGUCAUUGUCAAGCUAAAGACGAAGGGAUUGUGUUUUGCCAUUGGGUUAAAAAGGCUAUUUGCGGGAAUUAAUGGGUGAGUCGACAUCAAUGUUGAUGACGAUGAUCCAGACUAUUCUUAUGCAAUAGAUUAACACUAUUUUCCAUAAUGAAGACAACCACAUUUUUCAAAACAACAUUAAUUUGUUGUUGUUUUGUGGAACAAAGGCUCUAAAUGCACUGUCAAUUGAAUAUGGUUCAUUUGUCAAUAUACAUUUUAGUCAUUUAGCAGACGCUCAUAUCUAGAGCGACUUACAGUUAGUGAGUGCAUACAUUUUUCAUACUGCCCCCCCCCCCCCGUGGGAAACGAACCCACAACCCUGGCGUUGCAAGCGCCAUGCUCUACCAACUAAACUACAGGGGACUAGGCUACUGGUAGGAAUAAAUAAUGCUAUUCGUUUUGGUAGGGGAGUGCUGUACAGUAACGCGAUACAAUAUUUCAUUACAUGAUUAUGCACAACAGUGUUGCGCGCGUGGGCAGAGUUAUAUUUGUAACCGUUAUGUUCCGUGAGCCGUUGGUUAAUAGACCGGACUGAGUCGAACGAGUUGACGUUUGAUCAUUGUUGCCAGUGAGUGAUCCUGCAUAUUGAGUAACAAUAUGUUGCAUGUUGAAUGAUCAGUACUAGUCAUGAAUAAUAAUAAACCCCACCCAAAAAAAAAGUGUACCCCAUUUAUCUCUAUUCAGGGUCUGUCCCAAAUGGAACCCUUUUCCCACUAUAGUGGGGAUAGAGUGGGGAUAGAGUGGGAAUAUAGUGGGGGUAGAGUGGGGAUAGAGUGGGAAUAUAGUGGGGGUAGAGUGGGGAUAGAGUGGGGAUAGGGAACUAUUUGGAGAAUAGGGUGUAAUUUGGGAUGCAGUCCCUGGUGUGGACUUUUGACUAUAUGCCAUUGCCAACCUUGCCAACACAUACAGGACUGAUAGGGGAAGUUUGACUGUAGAUAAUAACACAGAUCCAUUGUGUUUGUCUGUCAGGAAAUACUCCGCUGGUGGAGCAUGUAUGUCUAUGGCCCGGCUGGACGGGAAGACGGUCCUGAUUACUGGAGCCAACACUGGUAUUGGGAAGGAGACUGCCCUGGACCUGGCUAUCAGAGGUGACUGACUGACACAUACAGGGCUGCGUCUCAAUGGCUGCGUUUACACAGACAGACCAUUCUGAUCUUAUUGCCAGUAAUUGGGCAGAAGAUCAGAAUUGAGCUGCCUGUGUAAACGCAGCCAAAUGGUACCCUAUUCCUUAUAUAGUGCACUACUUUGGGGCCCUGGUCAAAAAUGUGCACUUGAGGGAAUAAGGUUUCAUUUGGGACACAUGGUCUUCUUCACAAUAGUCAUUAAUGGUGAGGCCUCCUUUCCUUCAUCACUACAAAGAUAAUGAUAAGAGGAAGAGGAGGAGGAGGAGGAGGAGGAGGAGGAGGAUGAGGAGGAGGUAGAGAAAGAGGCGGAGUAG